GAAAAUUUAGUAAUAUUUAGGGCAUACGGAUAUAUCAUGUAAGAGGAAUUGAAUAUGGAGUGGAACUAGAAGGGAAGCUAACACUCAAGCAAAUAGAACAAAUGGGAUUGCCCGCACUCAACUCCUAACCCAACCCAGAUGCCUAAUGAUGAUCACAAGAAUUUCCUGUCAAGAAAAGACAAUCCGAAAGUUAGAACAUAAAGCCCUUUUUGGCAAAGUCUGAAUUGAUUGCCUUUCCUUCUCAGAACCAAGAAAGAAGACAAACUACUGAUUUCUGCAGUUGCCCACCGUAAAUAACACCGUCUGGGAGCAGAAGAAACGGGUCAAAAGCCUUCGCCUCCGCCUCCGCCGCGUGCCCGCCGGGAAUGGGCCAGUCAGCUUCUGUGUCGAGGCCCAGAUUCUCCAAGUCCGCCACCGUGAUCUCCCCGCCGGCGAUAGACACGGUUUCGGCAAGUCCUGGUGGCGUUAUGUCCGACUUGGAUGACGCCGUCGCUGGAGAGGACUACACUUUGAAUCUCCCAGAUGAAUGCUUGGCCUGUAUUUUCCAGUCACUUUCCGCCGGGGACCGGAAACGCUCCUCCUUGGUUUGCCGCCGUUGGUUGACAGUCGAGGGGCAGAGCCGCCACCGUCUCUCGCUCAACGCACAGUCGCAGCUCGUUAACGUCGUUCCGGGAUUGUUCUCUCGCUUCGAUGCGGUUACUAAGCUAGCCCUAAAAUGUGACCGCAGAUCUGUUAGCAUUGGCGACGAUGCGCUGAUUCUGAUCUCGCUCAAAUGCAGGAAUCUCACGAGAUUGAAGCUUCGGGCCUGCCGCGAGCUCACCGAUGAAGGGGUGGCUGUUUUCGCGGAGAAUUGCAAGAACUUGCAGAAAUUUUCUUGUGGGUCUUGCACCUUUGGGGCUAAAGGGAUGAAUGCCUUACUCCAAAAUUGUGCUUUUCUUGAGGAACUGUCCGUUAAGCGGUUGCGUGGCAUUACUGAUGGGGUUGCAGCUGAACCCAUUGGGCCAGGAAAGGCUGCCGGAGCUUUGAAAAUGAUUUGUCUAAAGGAUCUUUACAACGGGCAGUGCUUCGGGCCGCUGAUUGCUGGGGCAACGAGUUUGAGGAGUUUGAAGUUGUUUAGGUGUUCUGGGGAUUGGGAUAAGUUGCUUGAAGUCAUUGCUGAUACAGUUAAUGGGCUUGUGGAGGUUCACUUGGAGAGGCUUCAGGUUAGUGAUCUUGGUCUCUCGGCUCUUUCACAUUGUACAAAUCUUGAAAUACUGCACUUGGUAAAAACACCUGAGUGUACGAACAUUGGACUGAUGAUGAUCGCUGAGAAAUGUAAGUCGCUUAGGAAGCUCCGUAUUGAUGGAUGGAAAACUAAUAGAAUAAGUGACGAUGGAUUAAUUGCUGUUGCUACUCAUUGCCCUAUUUUGCAAGAAUUGGUUUUAAUCGGUGUGAAUCCUACGCAUUUGAGUAUAGAGAAGUUGGCUACAAAUUGUCAAAAUUUGGAAAGGUUAGCAUUGUGUGGGAGCGAAACUGUGGGAGAUGCAGAGAUCUCGUGCAUUGCUGCAAAAUGUAUUGCGUUGAAGAAGUUAUGCAUAAAAAAUUGUCCAAUCUCGGAUCAUGGCAUGGAAGCAUUGGCUGGUGGCUGUCCUAAUCUGGUGAAGGUUAAGGUUAAAAAGUGUCGUGGGGUGACCUCAGAGGGAACUGAUUGGUUGAGGUCAAGUAGAGGUUCACUUGCAGUGAAUUUGGAUGCCGUUGAGCCUGACCUGCCUGAUGUAGGCAUUAACGAGCAGGAAAUUGGUGGUGCUGAUAUUCCACCAAUUGAUGGCCUAAAUGGGGAGGUUAAUGUUGCAUCAAACAGUACCGGGAGGUCAACAUCUUUUAAGAUGAGGUUAGGGUCUUUUUCAGGGAGGAGCUUGGUGGCUUGCACCUUCAGAAGGUGGUCAAGCUUUGGUGGCAGGUUCCGUAAUAACUUGGGAGGAAGCAACGCUGAUUAGCAUUGGUGAAUCUGGUUCACCAUACUUAUUGUGCACGUUAUUGAUGCCUUCCUACAUUCAUUACCAUCGACAAUUAUGACCAAGCUUACCCCUUCUGCUUGUUUCUUAAGUGAAUCCUCUUGAUGUGAGAUUGGAAACAUUGGUUUCAUAGGUUGAAUAGGAAAGAAAACACGGCACUGAGAUCUCUUUGUUGUUGAAUUUAUGCAGGAUACUGUAAUGACUUGCAUGAUUUACCUUCUUUAGAACUGCCGAAGAUGUCAUCAUAUGCUAGAUAAUUUGGUGCUGAAUCUUACUACUGAUUCCAAUACUUUCAAGGGGGAGUUAUAAGGACAAGUGAGUCCAUUCUUUUGUUAGUCUGAAUUUCUGCAUAUGGUCACUCACAAAAUAUAAAGCAAUUCUUCACUGGGAUUAGUAGUGAUGUAUUCUGCGGUUAAUUUUCCACCAGAAUCAACAGCUCCAAUCCUCUAUGUAUUGUAUGAAAUUAAUGUUCAUUUUCCUCAUUUCUGUCACCUGGUGAAACAAGCACUGAAUAGUGAUGGUCGCUUCUCUGAAUCCUUAUAUCUGGGAUGAUGUGUCAUUCAAAAUUCUAUGUUUCCGUCAAUCCACUUUUGGUUGGUUUGAGCCAACUUUCGCAUGUUCUGGAGAAUGGUUCGUCCCAGACUUUGUGCUAGGAAACAAGCUAAAUGGUCUAAAGAUUUUGCACAA